AGUAUCGAUGCGAACGCUGAAACAAGUGGGUCCGUGGGACACACAGGAACAUUGACUAGCUAGCGGUUGCGUUCCGUGGCGUACAGUGAAGUGUUUUGGUUACGAUCGGUGCGUGGGCAACUUGGUACUGGUGGUGAGAUUCAGCAUGUGAAGUUUGUCGUACAUGGAGGAAGCAAUAAAUCAUAUUGCGUUGAAGAAGUGAAGUCCGGAGUGAAGCAAUUUAAUGAGCGAAAAUCUUAGGAGAUUUGUCGAUGAUCGUCUAUAUACUCAGCCUAUAGGAAUCAUGUGAAAUUGUGAAUAUUUUUAACAAACGUGUUGUGUGCGCAUUGUACUCGUCUACGGUCAGACCCACAUAAACAUAAACCACACGAGGAAGUGACACCGAAAACGAGUUGAAACAUAAAACUGACACGAGCAAAAACAACAACGAAAAACAACACGCUCGGACCGGGCUGAACCCUGACAGUUAACGCUGGUGGUGGUGGUGGACCUUAAAAACAAAAACAAAAAUUUCAACGUGCCACCAGCUGCCACUGGUUUUCGUAGUGUUCGUCCGUCAAGGAUCGUGAUUGAUAACCGGUUAAUUAAGCUGCUUCGCGUACUCCGCGUAUGUGUGUCUCCCUCGAUGGAGACGUGUGUUUUGAUACCGCAGGAAUUUGCCCUCGCCGUGACAGGUGUCGGCGCUCGUCACUCGUCGGAACAGACGGCCACCGUCUGGUCGAGCGUACCGAUUCCCCAGGGACGGCUCUGCUACCCGUUCCAGGGCACGGUACGGAUCGACAACCUGGCCAUCUUUACCGCCCUGCCGGAUGAUGAUAUUCGACACCGGUUUGGACUGUACGACGAGAUCACCAGUGUCAACGGACGAACGGUACGACACUGCAACUGGAUCCGGUUCCUGCGCGUGUCGGAAACGUACGGCCCACAGGUGAACGUGGUCUGCGCCAAGGUGAAAGGUGAGCCGAUCUACGAGAUCGUGAAGGCAAUCCCGUCGCAUCAGGAGCUGGUCGUGUACUACCUGCCCGAGGGUCCCGAGGAGCUCUUCUUCAUCCGGAUGCGUAGCCAGCUGUACCGUCAAACGAUGGACUCGAUCCUCGAAGACUCACCGCUGGACCUUUCGACGUCGCUCCUGUCGCGGGUGAUGCUACCGAUCUCACCGUCAUCGGGCGCCGAAGAUGAACACAAAUCGGUGUCGGGCGACGACUCAUCGAUCUCGAUCUCGUCCGGAGCCAGUACCGGGGGCGAUCGGUGUGACGCCGGGCUGGACCUCGAGCUGGCGGCCAUCUCCAGCGGACCAGGAUCUCGGGCCUCACCCAAGGCCCGUCCAUCGGCCCGCUCCGAGCGGGCGAUGCUGCCGUGCGAAGUGUGCGGCAAGGCGUUCGAUCGUCCUAGUCUUCUGAAGCGGCACAUGCGCACACACACCGGCGAAAAGCCGCACGUGUGUGGGGUGUGCGGCAAGGGCUUCAGCACGUCCAGCUCGCUCAAUACCCACGUCCGGAUACACUCGGGCGAAAAGCCGCACCAGUGUCAAGUGUGCGGCAAACGGUUCACCGCCAGCUCCAACCUCUACUACCACCGGAUGACGCACAUCAAGGAUAAACCGCACAAAUGCAGCCUCUGCUCGAAGUCCUUCCCGACGCCGGGCGAUCUAAAAUCGCACACCUACGUCCACAACGGGUCCUGGCCGUUCAAGUGUCACAUCUGCUCGCGCGGCUUCUCCAAGCAAACCAACCUAAAGAACCAUCUCUUCCUGCACACCGGUGAUAAGCCACACGUUUGUGAAGUUUGCAAAAAGUCCUUCGCGCUUGCCUGCAACUUGAAGGCCCACAUGAAAACGCACGAAGAAAAUGCAUCUCCCGAGUCCGAGAUCGAUGUGGACAGUGAUCUGCGCAGCGAUGGUGAGGAGAUUGGACCACUGUUCGGCUACGAAAAGCCCGACGAAAGACUUCCCCGCUAUCACUGGCGCCACUCGAAGGCGGAACCGAUUACCAGGAGUCGCUAGGACCCUGCUCGAGAGCUCCUACUAAGGGGGGAACGUUCAUCAGAAGAAAAAGGCUGUACAAAAUUCGGUUAGAAUUAGGGUUUAAAAAAACGACUGACUGACUGGCAUGAAAUGUGUUUUCGAUAUUUCUUGCCGAACCUACGAACCUACUGAAUCGCUAUUUGUUUUUUGUUCUACAUUCAUUCGAUACCUACUUGUUUGAUAGGAGGAUGUAAAUAAUAUUUAUUUCAAAAAAAUAAUUGUGUAAAAAACACCCCGUUUCUAAGUAAUCUAUUAAUACAACACUAUAAAAA